AUGCAGCGACAUCAUUUGUCGGAUCAAGUGGAUGAUUUUCUGACGAAGAAGCGGAAACCUAGUAUCGUCGAUGUAUAUCGGUACAUUGAUGCCCCGCCCCUCGUAAGAGCUGUGCAAAUGACACUCAACCUCCCGGACCAAAAGGUCCGAGGGGCAAAUUCAGAAUAUACACAACCAGCUUUCAGGGGGACUCAAGGACUCAUGGCUAGAACGGGUUUCUUGAUUGACGGUCAAUGCAAAGUCGGGGGGGUCGUGAGUGUGAUGAUUGGAAUAUGCUUGUCAGUGGUGGAGAAGGGUGCUGGGGUACCGAAACUGCUUCGGUCUGAAUGGCGCCGGGGCACAAUGUAG